GAUCUUUCGCUUUGACGAUUACAUGAACAAAAACUUGUAACGCAAACAGAUCAUUUAGUUGUAUGCAGCAAAAUAUAUUUUUAAAGAUGAAAAUAAAAAUAAACUGUGUCAAAAUUUGAUUUCCUGGCCACUAUUUGCCGUGUUUACAGAAAAAUAAAUUUAUUAUUAGGGUGUGUUACUUAUCGACUUUAUCAUCACCUUGAAGCAGAGUUCAAACCUGGAACCAUCGAGACUACCGUCCAGUGCACAUUCCACAUGACCAGGCAUCCAAAUGGUAUUAGAUCACCACAGUUGUUUGUACUUCAAAGUGUAGGCAUAAGAAUUUAGGCAAGAGUUUGAAUGAAGUUAAUCUCAAGUUUGAGAACAAAUGUCUUGGUUUCCACAAAGAAGGCAAAGGACUUGGCUCCAGAAAGGAUGUGAGGCUAUUCUAACAGUUGGACCGGUGCCAAAGCAUGUGGCUAUUAUAAUGGAUGGUAACAGACGGUUUGCUGUCAAAAAAAGUUUAGCCAAAUGUGAAGGUCAUUUAAAAGGAUUUGAUAAACUAGCUGAGACACUCGAGUGGUGUUUAGAUCUGGGCAUCUCAGAAGUGACUGUUUAUGCUUUCAGCAUUGAAAACUUCAAACGCUCAUCAGAUGAGGUCUCAUAUCUUAUGGAAUUAUCUCGGCAAAAGUUUGCAAAGCUUUUACAAGAGAGAGAUCUUAUCCAUAAACAUGGUGUGUGUGUUCGCAUCAUUGGAGAUAUAUCUUUAUUACCAAGAGAUCUGCAGGAAUUGUUAGCUGAAGCUGUUUCUAUUUCCUCCGAAAAUAAAAGAGCAAUACUGAAUGUCUGCUUUGCUUAUACUGCAAGAGAUGACAUCUGUAUGGCUAUGAGAGAGCUGGCUAUUGCUGUGAAAGAAGGACAGAUUAAAAAUAGUGACAUUUCAGAAGAGUUAUUAGAAAAGUGCCUGUACACUUCUCACAGCAGUCCUGUGGAUUUAUUAAUACGUACAUCUGGUGAGACAAGGCUAAGUGAUUUCUUGUUAUGGGAAAGCUCCUUUUCUUGUCUAGCAUUUGUCAAAGUUCUGUGGCCUGAGUUCAGUAUAUGGCAUCUGUAUGCUGCAAUCCUUCAUUACCAACGAAAUUACAAUAAAAUCCAGAUAGCCAGACAGAAUCAAACUAUAGAAAGAGAAAGGCUUCAAAGGGAUUCAGAUUAUCAUUGCAUGAUGGAAGAGCUCAGUCUAGAAACUGCCAGCAGAGAUAGUAUCUCUUGCAUGACUGCCCCUAGUCCAUUGUCUAUUACUACAGAGCACAAGAGCAUGCAGGAGAGGGUGCAGCAGUAUGCACGGGAGCGUGAAAAACGAACAGAAGCCUUCCUCUCCUGUGUUUAUGAACGAAGGAAACAAUUCAUGAAAAGUUUGCUUCCAGUUCGACCCAUCAUGUCAGCUAAACCAACUGCUGUUUUAACUUGUUAACUGAGAUGUUGAAAACACAUUUUAUGUAUGGGAGUCACAUGUAAUACUUGUUUGUUUGUAAAUAAUUUGACCAUUUACAAAAAAACAACUUAUUUCUUUUAAAUCUAAGAAUACUUGCAGGGACGGUAAAGUGCAGUACUGAAAAUGUUUAACAUGGGUGUAUGACCAUUCUAUUAUUUGUUUUGUGUAUAUUUUUUUCUUUGAUAGAAUUUUAUUUUGACAAUGUUAUGAUUACAUCAGUGUUUCCCAAACUUUUUUUCUUAACUGAACACUUCACAUAUUCUGAGUAUUUAGCGGAGCACUUUGCUUAUUUUUUUAGAGAGAUAAAUUCAGGCCUACUAGUUAAUUAUUCCAUUAGUUUGUGUAACACCUAGUGUUUUGCAGAACACAGUUUGGGAAACACUGGAUUACAAUGAUGUCAUGUCAGUCCAAAAGACUGGAAGAUAAAAGCUUUAAUGAGAAUGAAAUCAUUGUGCAACUGAUACAAAUCAUAACUAAUGUCUGUAUAAGGAAAUAUGUUUUAUUGAUUUCACAAGUCUGUGAUAUGAAACAAAAUGUGGGAGUACAAUAAGUUUCUAUGCGGAUGACCUUUUCAAACAAGUAUCUGAGUAAAUGUAGUUUUUAAGCUGUUCUUGACUGUAAUAAAGUUGUUUGUGGGCAUUCCAGGGGUAACAUAAUAAACUUACCAUAACUAC